AUGUCCACAAAUCAUUGGCAAGAAGAGAAGCCAUUGCUUCCACAUUUAAGUGGUGAAAUGAAUGAAGGUGAAGGUGAUCCAGCUAUGCCGUAUCGCACAACUCGAACUCCACCUUCUUCGCUGUUUCCCGAAGGAUAUCUGGAAGAGAAAUUGCUCGCUAACUCUUUUACUCCUCACACCCAUUUGCAAAGCACAAAAAUUUUCGUUUACGGUGAAAAAAUGAAAUCAAAUCCGGAAAAAUACAUGUGA